CAUCUACCAGUGAGCGAGAUGAGCACACAUUGCAUGAAGUAGCAGCAAUGUUGGAGCAAGAUUGCUGUGAUGUCGCUAGUGAGCCGCAUGAAAAUCUGUUGUUCAUAAAUAUGAGGGUUAACACACCCUAAAUUAAUGUGAUACAGCUAUAAAAACUGUGAUGUCCCAAGGCCAGAAGCUGACGGUUAGAAGGCUCCAACGCUUUUACAAUUUGAGCUAAGUAUUAUUGCUGGCACGCACAGAAGGCUGUGGAUAUGCACUUUUGGACUUCUGUUCUGCUGCGGUGUGUACAUCUGUGUGUGGAAUUCACACAUAGUAAUAACUGGAGAUGGGCGGAUACUUACUGUCAGGGCGAAAUUGCCGGCGAGAGUUCACAAAUGUUGAGUAGCAUUUCAAAGGACAGUAACGACGGACAGCGGGCAGAAUCAGAGGAAGUAGCUCUCACCAAGAGCGAUGAUUCCGGUGAAGGGCCAGAUAUGAUGAGCAGCAUUUCAAAGGACGCAAGCGAAGGAGACAACCAAGAAGAGGAGAAACUCUCUGUCGCCAAGAAUGAAGGCGUUGGCGUUGACCCCCAGAUGCUGAGCAGCGUUUCGAAGGACACGGGAGAUGGGAUGCAGCCACAACAGCAGGAGCUGUCCUUCAGCAAGAGAGAAGGAAUCGGCGAGUACUCCCAGAUAACGAAUAGUUUCUCAAAGGACACGAGUGGCGAACAGGGGUCACAAUCGGAGGAUGUCGCUUUCGCUAAGGUGGGAGCCGUUGGAGAAGACUCAUCUGCCGGAGAGCAGGAACCAAGUGGAGACUCCAGUGAUGCUGCCGGUGAGAUUUCUGUGCAAGGAGGGGACACAGGUGGUGAGGCGCGGCAGGCGCUUGCCAGGAGCUCUCGCAGCGUGAAAGCCGCCAGGCCGCAGCAGCAGCAGGCGGCGGCACUGCACGUCGGCCGGCAGCGCAGGCGACACGGCUCUGACAAGAGAAACCUCAAGAAGAAAAGAUUACUGCCAAGGAAGAGAGUAGUCAAGUUGAACAAUGUAAAACAGAAGACUAAAUACAACAAUGACGAUAAGAAAAGCUCCAAACAAAGAUAGUCACGUUAGUGGGUGACUGUACUGCAUGUGAUCCAUAAAAAAGAGCUUAUGUGGACAGCACAUAAAUAUCUUAUACACAGUCGGUGUGGGAUCACCUUAUUCUACCUCUAGGGUGUUGUAGAGAAAAUUUAAGUUUAUUUUAAGACUAUAUCUGCCAUCAAAUAUUUCAAAUUAAUUGACAAAUGUGUUUGAACCUCCAGGAAAGUCAUAAAGAACACUGACGUUCUUAUAAACCAAA